CUGUGCCUCCGAAGACAGAGGCUAAGGCAAAGGCGCUGAAGGCCAAGAAGGCCGUCCUGAAGGGGGUCCACAGCCACAAGAAGAAGAAGAUCCGCACGUCGCCCACAUUCCGCAGGCCCAAGACGCUGCGGCUGCGGAGGCAGCCCAAGUACCCCCGGAAAAGCGCCCCACGGAGAAACAAGCUGGACCAUUAUGCCAUUAUCAAGUUCCCUCUGACCACAGAAUCAGCGAUGAAGAAGAUUGAGGAUAACAACACUCUGGUGUUCAUCGUGGAUGUCAAGGCAAACAAGCACCAGAUCAAACAGGCUGUCAAGAAGCUGUAUGAUAUCGAUGUGGCCAAGGUCAACACGUUGAUCAGGCCUGAUGGAGAGAAGAAAGCUUACGUCCGACUGGCUCCUGACUAUGAUGCACUGGAUGUGGCCAACAAGAUUGGAAUCAUCUAAACUGCAUCUGCCGGGGACUGUACAGACUAAUAAACAUUGUGACACCA